CAUGCGUCCAUGUGCUCAUCAUGCGUCGCGAAUUUCUUGUAGAAAUCCGGCAUGACAACGUAACCUCGAAAUGUCACCCAAGUCGAAGAAGGGCUCGGCGCUUUGGUACUCGUGCGAGAAAUGCGAAGCGGUUUUAGCCCAAAAAGAUAUCACCGUCCACGAAGAAAAUUGCCCACCAUGUGCGAAAGAUUGGAGUCACAACUAUAUUCGACAUGGUGUUUUGUACAGCAACGUCGAAGUCUACAAAUCACAAGAACCGCCAAAGAAUAUUUCUACCCGUGAAUUAAAUGACAUGGUUUUCGUGGCUCCGUCGGCUAUGCAGUUGUGUAAAAUCGCUAUUGGUGAUCCAGUUGUUCUGAAUGUUGGAGAAAAUACAUCUGUCAAAAUUGCUUGGCCAACUAGCGAAAAGAGUCUGACCAGCGUCUGCUUGACAAGGCAAGCCAUCGACUUGAAUAAGCUUGAAGGGCGUGUCAAAAUCGCAAAGCUUACAUCAGAUGUUGGUCUGGCCACCACAAUCAGUAUCGAGUAUGUUGGCAAACAAAAAUUGCCGGAAGUCACGACAGAGUGGGAUAUAUUGAUAAAAAAUUAUCACGAAAGAAAAAUAUUUACCGUUGGAAACAGAAUAUGUGUGCCUUAUUAUGGGAAGAAAUUGAUCUAUAAAAUUUUGGACAUUAAUAGUGAAAAGUUGACUGCUGAUAAUCGGGUCACAGAACCAGUACCCAGAAAAUUAGAGGAGCAUUUUGAUGAUCUGAACUUAUCGGAAAGCAUUUCAGAUAAGGUAAUAUUUUACAAAGCUCUUUACUCAACAAAAUGGACAACUGUGAACAGCAAAGUAGAGGAGAAAGAUCCUGAGACCAGCAGGUUUGUCAAAUCAUCUGAUAUAGCUGGUUAUGACGAUUUAAUAGCCGAAGUGAAACAUGUAACUGAUGUAGCCCUUGGAAAAUAUACAAUGAUGAAAGGUUUUGACGUAACGAGGGGCAUCAUACUGUACGGAACGCUGGGCGUUGGGAAAUCGUUGAUAGCGAAAGCGGUAAUGGCUGAAUCUGGUGCACACAUAUUGAUAGUGAACAAUUCAGAAAUUUACAGCAAGUACGUAGGUGAGACAGAGGUCAAGUUGAGAGAGAUAUUUGCGGAGGCUAGAAGAAAUGCUCCGAGUAUAAUUUUUAUAGAUGAUAUUGACAAUAUGUGUGGGAAAAAAAACAAAUCCAGUAGCGAUCAAGAGAAGAGGGUACUGUCGACGCUGUUGGCGCUGUUUGAUGAGCUUCAAAGUUCAAAUGCCAAUAUUCUAGUCAUGGCUACAAGUUCCCAGCCGCAUGCUUUGGAUCCUGCGCUGCGCAGACAUGGCAGAAUUGACAAGGAGUUCGAGGUAGCCGUGCCUACACAAAGAAUGCGUAAAGAAAUUUUACUCAAAUUAUUAUCCAAAAUCCCCAAUGAUCUCAGUGAUUCAAAUAUUGGUGAAAUUUCUUUCGUCACGCAUGGAUUUGUCGCAGCAGAUCUCUUUAGCCUCUGUUCUAGGGCGACGAUGCAUGCGAUGAAGCAUUGGAGAACAUCUGAGACAUAUUCAAAUGAAAAAGAUGUUCAAAUGAACUUGAUCAUGGAGAAUUUUAAUUACGCCUUAACGAUGGUCUCACCAUCGGCGAUGAAAGAAGUCCUCGUUGAAGUGCCAAAUGUAAAAUGGUCGGAUAUAGGUGGGCAAAAAGAUCUGAAGCUAAAAUUACAGCAAGCCGUUGAAUGGCCCCUGAUGCAUCCAGAAGCAUUCGUUAGAUUGGGGAUAACUCCACCCAGAGGCGUUCUCAUGUUUGGCCCACCUGGUUGUUCGAAGACAAUGAUCGCCAAAGCACUUGCCACAGAAAGUCAGCUGAAUUUUCUAAAUAUAAAGGGACCAGAAUUGUUUUCUAAGUGGGUGGGGGAGUCAGAAAGGGCAGUGAGGGAGGUUUUCAGAAAAGCUAGACAAGUCGCACCGUCUAUUAUUUUCAUCGAUGAGAUUGAUGCCAUUGGAGGUGAAAGGGCAUCUGGUAGCAGUACUGGUAGUAAUGUCCAGGAGCGUGUCUUAGCUCAAUUAUUAACUGAGCUUGACGGCGUCACUGAGUUGGGUAACGUCACUCUGGUAGCGGCCACUAACAGGCCAGACAGAAUUGAUAAGGCACUGCUUCGACCUGGACGUCUAGACAGAAUAGUGUACGUUCCAUUGCCGGAUUCGGAAACGAGACAGGAAAUAUUUGACAUUAAACUUCGUAAGAUGCCGGUUUCUACUGAUGUAGAUAUAAAUGAUCUGGUCUAUUUGACGGAGGGUUAUUCAGGUGCAGAAGUUCAGGCAAUCUGUCAUGAAGCGGCAAUGAAAGCUCUUGAGGAAAAUUUGAAUGCCACUGUGAUUACCAAAGAACAUUUCAAAGCAGCCUUAUCUAUGGUUACCCCGAGAACGCCUGCCUCGUUAAUUAAAUUGUACGAAGAUUAUUUGAUUAAAAACUGACUCAAUAUAAAUCUUUCGCCAAU